AUGGGUGUCUUCUAUAAUGUUGAGAGACCCAUUGGUACUCAGAUGAUGCUCUUCAGAUACACCAUUCUAGGAGUAAGGAGGUUUUCAAAUAGUAUAGUUAGACUAAAAACACAACAAGAAACAACUCUUGUUUACAAUCUUUUAAACUACAAGAGUUCAUUCCCGCAAGAUUCAAUAAUAAAUAGCAAUAUCACUCAAUUGUGUCAAUUGUUAAAGCACAAACAGGACACUUCAACUUUAAGGAUAGGAAUACUAUAUGAGAAUCAUCAUACUCAAUCUAAUUCCAAAAUCAUAGAAUGUUUAUUAGCAGAUCCAUUCUCCGAGAGUAAUGCUAAAUGGUUCAAAGAGAUUAUAUCUAGAAAUAAAAACUCAACAACCCAGUUUACUUACGGGGUCGAGGCAGAUCGUACCGCGAAUACCUAUAAAAUUCCAUCUCCAAUACUUAGUGGACUUUAUAGAUCAAGUUUUAAGGAAACCCCGAAAGAAACAGAAUUUCCAAAUGAUAUAAUAAUUGACGAAAUUAUAGAUCAUUCAAGCAUUGACAUCUUCAACUAUACAUUUCUCAUAAAUAUAAAGAAUCAAAUAAGUACUCAAGAUUAUCCAACAGAAAUCCAAAAUAAGAUUCUCUUAAAUGUAAUUGAUAAUAAAGAAUAUACUCCAUCUAGUACUGAGAAUAGUCCAGUUACUUUCAAAAAUCAAUCUCAUAGUCAUAUAAUCAAACUAAACAGUACCUUAGCAUAUGAUGGUAUAACAGAUUUCAUAGAGAAUGACGUUGCUGCAUCUUCUCGUUAUUUUGAUCACAUGCGUAAUAGUAAUUUGUAUGAAUUAUUGAAAGCAAUCACUUGGUUCCUGAGAUCAGAUAUAAUUGGCUCCUGGUUGUUAAAUAAUAUUCAAAGUAAUAUAGAAGAAAAGACGCAUUCUGCAUUAACCCCUGCAAAAGUCAAUCUUGUCGUUAAAACUGAUAUUUCAAAAUUUGUCGAUUCAGUAAAUCGUGAACUUCAAUAUGAAUUUGAACCCAAGACCGAGAAAUUUUUCCAUUCAAGACUCAAUUGGUGGAAAUUAUAUUAUAAGAAUGAUAAUGUUUCAUAUGAUAUCAAGGAUUUUUUUAAUUUGAAUUUUAUGAAUAAAAGUAUUGAACAGUUCAAUUUUAUAAAAGGAAAAAUUACCACCAACGAUAACGAGAUUAAUAAUCCAUUAUUGGCAUUAAAGACAGAAGUAAUCAAUAAAAGAGUUGAACAAGAAGUUCAGCCUGUGGUAUAUAAGGCAUUAGGUACUGCUUUUGUAUAUUACCAAUUACCUAUUUCAAUAUUAUCAUUUGUUGCAUAUCAACAUUUUGAUUUUACUGUCAAUGCUGCUAUUGCACUUUUGGGUUUGGGAUGGGUAGUUGGAUUUAAUCAUGUGUCCAAGGUUUGGACAGGAUUUUCAAAUGAAUGGUUAAAUAAAUUAUUUGAAGAAGUAAGACUUUGUCUUGGUAAAGAUUGUAUUGAUGAAGGGUUAUUGAAACAAUCGAAUGAAAAGUUAGUUCACGAUACUAAAUUAUCUAAUUUACGACUUGACAUUCUUGAAAAGGUUAGAAAGAGUAACAUAUCUUUCAAUAAAUAG